AAGAGACGUGGAUGUUUAAUAUGCGAGGAUGGGUCCGCUAGCGUUCAUUCUUGUUGGCGGACUACUGCAUUUUCAAGUUGAUGGAUCCCGUCUGCGCCAGGAGGACUCCUCACCCCGGAUAGUGGAGCACCCCUCUGACCUGAUUGUCUCCAAGGGGGAGCCCGCCACUCUCAACUGCAAAGCGGAGGGGCGGCCGACCCCGACAGUGGAGUGGUACAAGGACGGCGAGCGGGUGGAAACGGACAAAGAUGACCCACGAUCUCACCGCAUGCUGCUGCCGAGCGGCUCGCUCUUCUUCCUUCGCAUCGUUCACGGACGACGGAGCAAACCGGACGAGGGAGCCUACGUCUGCGUGGCCCGGAACUACCUGGGAGAGGCAGUCAGCCGCAACGCCUCGCUGGAAGUAGCAUUGCUGCGAGAUGACUUCAGACAGAACCCGACAGACGUGGUGGUGGCAGCAGGAGAGCCAGCCAUCCUUGAGUGUGUUCCUCCCAGAGGCCAUCCUGAACCCACCAUCUACUGGAAGAAAGACAAAGUGAGAAUUGACGACAAGGAUGACAGGAUCACCAUUCGAGGAGGUAAGCUGAUGAUCUCCAACACAAGAAAGAGCGAUGCUGCCAUGUACAUCUGUGUGGGUACCAACAUGGUCGGAGAGAGGGACAGCGAGACGGCACAAGUCACAGUGUUUGAGCGACCAACCUUCCUCCGGAGGCCCAUCAAUCAGGUUGUCCUGGAGGAGGAGACGGUGGAGUUCCGCUGCCAAGUACAAGGAGACCCUCAGCCAAAUGUACGCUGGAGGAAAGACGACAUUGAUGUUCCUCGUGGGAGGUACGAGAUCAAGUACGACAAGGACGACUACGUGCUGAGAGUGAAGAAGGCUUCCAUCAACGACGAGGGCGCGUUCACCUGUGUGGCAGAAAACCGCGUGGGCAAGCUGGAGGCCUCCGCCACUCUCACUGUCAGAGCUCGCCCUGUCGCUGCUCCCCAGUUUGUCAUCCGCCCAAGGGACCAAAUAGUGGCUCAAGGCCGCACUGCCACCUUCCCGUGUGAAACCAAAGGAAACCCUCAGCCUGCUGUCUUCUGGCAGAAGGAGGGAAGUCAGAAUUUGCUCUUUCCCAACCAACCCCAGCAGCCCAGCAGUCGCUUCUCGGUGUCACCCAGCGGAGACCUCACCAUCUCGUCUGUGCAGCGGGCCGAUGCUGGUUACUAUAUCUGCCAGGCGCUGACCGUUGCAGGCAGUAUCCUCGCCAAGGCUCAACUGGAGGUCACAGAUGUGCUCACAGACAGGCCGCCACCCAUCAUUCGCCAAGGCCCAUCCAAUCAGACACUUGGGGUGGAAAGUGUGGCACUGUUGAAGUGCCAGGCAUCGGGAGACCCCAUCCCCUCCGUCAGCUGGCUGAAAGAUGGGAUCAGUCUGCUGGGAAAAGACGCCCGCAUGUCCCUGCAGGAGCUGGGCAGCCUGCAGAUAAAAAACGUCAAGCUUUCAGACUCUGGGAUCUACACAUGUGUGGCUACCAGCUCCAGCGGUGAAACAUCAUGGAGUGCUUUCUUGGAAGUCAAAGAAUCAGGUGGAGUGAUGGUCAUGAAAAACCACGAUGAGAAUGAGCUUCCAGGCCCGCCAUCUAAACCUCAGGUCACAGAUGUCACCAAAAACAGCGUGUCCUUGUCCUGGCAGCCUGGGAUGGCUGGAGCAUCACCUGUCUCCUCAUUUGUCAUUGAAGCAUUCAGUCAAUCAGUGAGCAACAGCUGGCAAACAGUAGCAGAUCAUGUCAAAACCACCCAGUUUACCGUAAAAGGUCUCCGACCCAAUACCAUCUACUUGUUCAUGGUACGAGCAGUCAACAGCCAAGGCCUGAGUGAUCCAAGCCCCAUGUCUGAGCCUGUCAGAACACAAGAUAUAAGUCCUCCAGCCCAGGGUGUCGACCAUAGGCACGUUCAGAAGGAGCUUGGUGAGGUCAUAGUUCGGUUGCACAACCCAGUUGUUCUGAGUCCCACAACAAUCCAGGUCACAUGGACGGUGGAUCGUCAGUCCCAGUUCAUCCAGGGUUACAGAGUUCUGUACAGGCAGACUUCAGGGCUGCCUUCACCAGGACCCUGGCAGACCCAGGAUGUGAAGGUCCCUUCCGAGCGCAGCGUCAUCCUCUCCUCGCUCAAAAAGGGCAUUGUGUAUGAGAUCAAGGUCCGUCCUUAUUUCAACGAGUUUCAAGGCAUGGACAGUGAAUCCAGAACAUCACGGACGACAGAGGAAGCUCCCAGUGCACCUCCUCAGCAGGUAACAGUGCUGACUGUGGGAAACCAGAACAGCACUUCCAUUAGCAUCUCCUGGGAUCCCCCUUCACCAGACCACCAGAACGGCAUCAUCCAAGAGUACAAGAUCUGGUGUCUAGGGAAUGAGACACGUUUCCAUGUGAAUAAGACAGUGGAUGCAGCCAUACGCUCAGUGGUGGUGGGCGGGCUGCAGGUGGGAGUGGUGUACCGGGUGGAGGUGGCUGCCAGCACAAGUGCAGGGGUUGGAGUCAAGAGCGAACCUCAGUCUAUUAUCAUCGGUAAGGAAUUCCGGGACGUGAUUAUACAUGGGAACCGGAACAACAGCAUCACAGAGCAGAUCACCGAUGUGGUGAAACAGCCUGCCUUUAUUGCCGGUAUUGGAGGGGCGUGCUGGGUCAUCCUCAUGGGCUUCAGCAUCUGGCUCUACUGGAGGAGAAAGAAGAGAAAGGGCCUGAGCAACUACGCAGUUCAGUCCUUCACCUUCACCCCUGCAGUGACAUUCCAGAGAGUGGACGGUGGUCUGAUGAGCAAUGGGAGCCGGCCAGGCCUGCUGAAUGCCAGUGACCCAGGUUACCCCUGGUUAGCGGACUCUUGGCCAGCCACCAGCCUGCCUGUCAACAGCAGCUCCGGGGGACCCAAUGACCUGAGUAACUUUGGUCGAGGAGAUCUCCCCACUGGACAAGGGGAUAAAACUGGCACCAUGCUCUCCGAUGGUGCCAUCUACAGCAGUAUAGACUUUACCACCAAAGCCAACUACAACAGCCCUGGCCAAACAUCCCAGGCCACUCCCUAUGCCACCAGCCAGAUUCUCCACUCCAGCAGCAUCCACGAGCUGGCCGUGGACUUGCCUGAGGCCCAGUGGAAGGCCUCACUCCAGGCCAAGCAGGAGAUGGCAAAUCUGGGGUACUCCUUGCCCGACAAGAAUUCCUGCAACAACACACUCCUUUUCAUUCCUGACUACCGAUUGGCCGAAGGAUUGUCUAAUAGAAUACCACACAACCAAUCACAAGAUUUCAGCACCACCAGCUCUCACAACAGCUCAGAGCGAAGCGGCAGUCUCUCAGGUGGAAAGGGAGGAAAGAAGAAGAAGACCAAGGCUAGCUCCAAACCCAGUAAAGCCAAUGGAUCCAACUGGGCCAACGUUCCCCUCCCCCCUCCCCCUGUUCACCCUCUCCCUGGCACUGAGAUGGACCAUUAUCCCAAUGAGCAUCAUGACAGAGGAGGGUAUGAGAGUGAUGGUUGGGGCCCGCCCAUGCCCGUGCAGACCUAUCUUCACCAGGGCAUGGAGGAUGAGCUGGAGGAGGAGGAGGAGAGGGUUCCCACCCCGCCCAUCCGAGGGGUUGCCUCCUCCCCAGCUGCUGUGUCCUUUGGACAGCAGUCCACAGCCACCCUCACCCCUUCUCCUCGGGACGAGAUGCAGCCCAUGCUCCAGGCCCAUUUGGAUGAGCUGACCAGAGCAUACCAAAUGGACAUGGCCAAACAGACAUGGCACAUGCAGGUAGGCUCUCUUCCUCCCCAGGCUCCAGCUCCUCCAGUGGGUUACGUGUCGAGCACAAUGGUUUCUGACCUGGAGACCGAUGUGCCUGAUGAGGAGGAGGAGGAGGAGGAGGAAGAGGAGGAAGAGGAGGAAGAGGAGGAAGAUGAAGGCUAUGGAGCCAGGCAUCCCCGCGGCAUCGAGCACACACCAGGAUCUAGCAUGGACAACCUGGACAGCUCUUUAACAGGGUCCAUGGUGAAUGGGUGGGGCUCAGCCUCGGAAGAUGACCGUAAUUUCUCCAGCCAUAGGUCCAGUUUGGGCAGUUCGUCGGAUGGCUCCAUCUUUACCCACUGCAGCUUUGCCCAGGCCCUGGUGGCCGCUGCAGACAAGGCAGGCUACCAGCUGGAGGGCACUAGCCUCAGCAAGAGAGGUAAAGGCUUGUCCCACCGGCCCCGGCCCGGCAGUCCAUUCUCAACAGAUGGCAGCACAGUCGGCACACACAGCUUGGGCCACCAGAGGGCCACCAGGCCCACACGCAAACCCCGAAGCCAGGGCACAGCACCCCACCGGAGAGAUGCUGGUGCAGACGACCUACCUCCACCCCCUGAGCCUCCCCCCUCUCAGGGCCAGGGCCGUAUCCAGGGGGCCCGCAGUAUAAGCAGCAUGGUACCCCCUACAGAUAGGAAGGCUUCCUCUCUGGAGCGCCAGCCUAUGUCAGGGCCCCUGUCCGGUCCAGAUGACAUAAAGAGCUCUAUUGACAGACAGACACGUACUUCUCUGGAACAUCAUCGCCAGCUUCAGGACCGACUGGGCUCCAUGGACCGCACUGACGAUGGGCGCAGUGCACACAAAACAGAGGACGGGUGUCUGCCAUAUAACAAGCCAUCCUUUCCCUCCCCUGGUGGCCACAGCUCCUCUGGCACAGCCUCCUCCAAGGGCUCGACAGGGCCACGCAAGGCCGAGGGUCCACGACAGCCUCAGCAGUGGACCGCCACAGAGCACGCUGAAUUCCUGGGGACCAAUGGACAGGGACAGUACUCGGGAGAGUUAUGUGAGUACCUACGCAUUUUACGGCAGUGUCUGACAAUAUAA